AUGAAGUUUGCCAAAGAGCUUGAGCAGGACCACGUGCCAGAAUGGAGAGUCAAAUAUCUAAACUACAAGGCCGGCAAGAAAUAUAUCAAAACUGUCUCGAGAGCAAUUAACAAGGCAUAUGGAACGCCAUUAGGUCAAGGAAGAAAGGGGGACCUUCCACCUCAUGAGGCGACCCCUCGUCCUGGUCAAUUCUCUCGUCAGCAGAAUGGAGGCCCCGAAGCAGGAAUCGUAGAUGAAAUUGAAUCUCUACGAGCAAGCCCCGCACCCAUAGGACGUGCAACUCGGGGAACUCAUCACGCAUUAGGAGCUCAAUCGACACCUAUUCCCGCGCGGACAGAACGUCAAUCACUAACGACAUCGCCGGGAAAUGAGGGUCGAUAUGGUAGCUUUGUGCCUACACCCCCUUCAACUAUGGAAAGUUGGAAUAUGUUCGAGUUGCCAGGCCCUGCGAUGGGCGACCCUGCGAUCUCAAACGAACAACCUCCAUCUCGGCCGACAAACACGCUUCAGAAGACCAUCAGCCGGCAGUCCGUAAAGCGCAGUACAUCUAUGAACUCGGCAACUCCAGGAGGCACUUCACAACUAGCUUCCUAUCUUCGCCGGGGUUCUAUGGCUCAGCAAGACGCGUCGCCUGGCAGACUUCGGCGUAUAUUCUCGACCGGCCCGCACUUGACCCAGCGUCUUAACAGAACUGAGAGCGCAAAGUUCGGGUAUGGCUUGGAAGCGAUCGAAACGGUUAGGCAGCGUGAAAAAGACUUUUUUGACUUCCUAGAUAGCGAACUCGACAAAGUAGAGACGUUCUAUCGCCAGAAGGAAGAGCAGGCCGGACAACGCUUGGCUGUUCUCCGGGACCAAUUGCACGAGAUGCGGAAUCGACGUACACAAGAAAUAGCAGAGCUGAAACAACGUAAAGAAAGAGGCGAGGAUGGUAGUAGUCAUGAUAAUAAGGGGGUCUCAUCCGGUACCAAUAAUUCUCAAAGUUGGGUUGAUCCGAUUAAGUCCCGAAUAUUCAAGCCUGGCGCGAAUUCAAAGGCAUUUUCAAAGUUGCACUUCACUCCAGUGCUUGGCGCAAUGAGUGCAGACUCGCAAAGGGACUAUAUGAAGAGACCAUCUAGCCACGAAGUGUCAUACAGAACGGCAAAGCGAAAGUUAAAGUUGGCUUUGCAAGAGUUCUACAGAGGUCUAGAACUUCUCCAGUCUUAUGCCCAACUCAAUCGGACUGCUUUCCGAAAACUCAAUAAGAAGUAUGACAAGGCUGUUAAUGCUCGGCCGCCUUAUAAGUAUAUGAACGAGAAAGUCAACAAGUCAUGGUUCGUGAAUAGUACUACGGUGGAAGAAUAUAUUCAUUCGGUCGAAGACUUGUACGCGAGAUACUUCGAAAAGGGCAAUCGCAAGAUUGCCUCAGGGAAGCUCCAUCGCUUAAACCGGCGGCCGGGGGAUGAAUCCGCGAUCGCGUUUCGGAAUGGACUCUUCAUCGGUACCGGGGCAGUAUUUACCCUUCAGGGUCUCGUAUACGGUGCCCAGCUCUUAUUCGAUCCAGAUCCCGUGGUACAAGAACGAACUAGCUACCUUAUGCAGAUAUACGGUGGCUAUUUUCUAAUGCUCGUUCUAAUGUUCUUAUUCUGCAUUGACUGCUACAUGUGGACAAUUAACAAGAUCAAUUAUCCUUUCAUUUUCGAGUUCGACACGAGAAACAGCCUGGAUUGGAGACAACUGUCUAGCUUCCCUAGCUUUUUCCUCUUGCUUUUUGGUAUAUUUUUCUGGAUCAAUUUCACCAGGUAUGGGUCAGAAGAGUUAUAUUUAUACUACCCAAUAAUUUUAAUAGCCAUUACGCUCGCUAUCCUCGUACUUCCAGCACCGAUUUUAUGGCACAAGAGUCGCCAAUGGCUCAUGUAUUCUCAUUAUCGAUUAUUCUUCGCCGGAUUAUAUCCUGUCGAAUUCCGCGACUUUUUCCUCGGUGACAUGUAUUGCUCCCUUACCUAUGCUACUUCGAAUAUCGAACUCUUCUUUUGCCUCUAUGCACAUUCUUGGAAUAACCCCGUCCAAUGUAAUUCAAAUAAUUCUCGCUUGCUAGGAUUCUUUUCGGCAUUGCCCCCAGUCUGGCGUGCGCUGCAGUGUAUUCGUCGUUACCGCGAUACUAAGAACGUAUUCCCGCAUCUGGUCAAUGGUGGCAAGUAUGGCAUGACAAUCAUGUCGUCUGUGACCCUAUCGUUGUACCGCAUGAGAGCCACGGAUUCGAAUCUUGGCCUCUUUGUCACCUUUUCCAUUGUGAACAGCAUAUAUACCUCAAUAUGGGACUUAUUUAUGGAUUUCUCCUUUUUCCAGCCCGACACGCGACACCGGUUCCUUCGUGACAUCCUAGGGCUCAAACGUCGGUGGUUGUAUUAUGGGAUCAUGGUGCUUGAUCCAAUACUACGUUUUAGUUGGAUCUUCUACGCCAUUUUCACCCACAACAAGCAACACAGUACCAUCGUCUCAUUUCUCGUUGCCUUGGCCGAAGUCACACGUCGCGGCAUGUGGGCCUUGUUCCGCGUUGAGAAUGAACAUUGUGGCAACGUUGCUCAGUACAAGGCCAGCCGCGACGUGCCCCUACCCUACCCCUUGGUGCCUCAUGAACCCCUCGUUGAACGUCCCAGUAGCGAGGAAGAAGACCAAAAUCAUAUCGUCAGAACGGCAACGCAGUUAAAGCAAGCUCCUGUACUGCCUAUCGAGGGAGCUACGGCUAGUGCGAUUGACGUAAGCACAGUAGGUGCCUCAGCGCUUGGCCGCGAACAGACUAGAACGCAGAUACAAGCCCCAGCACAGGAGCAGGCUGGGGGAAGCGGAAUGCGGUGGCGCAGACGGCCCGAGAUACUGCGUGCGUGGUCGAUUCGUGGUAUUAUGGCCAACGCGCAUAAACAGGACUUCCAGAAGCGACGGAGACCACUGGAGUCUACAUCUUCGCAAGAUGUUAGUGAAUUAGGAGUAGAAGAGAGGGGAUUGCAGAGUGAGGAGGAAGACGAUGAUGAUGAUGACGACGACACAGGAAGUAUGCUUGAUGAGCGUAUGGAGGCCCGCCGGGCGGAGGGCUUGACUAAGCCCGAGAUGAGUGACGAGAGCGUAUAA